AAGCUUUGAUGACUUCUUUAGCUGUAAAAUUUUAAUCGUCAAGCUCCAGCAGGGUGUUCAUUGGUUGGGAGCGUUCGACGAGACAAGGCCACCCGAGCGUGAGAGGCGUCAUUAUCUUGGUACAGAACACGUAGCUCACGAAUAAAAUACUCCCAAAUUAAGGUGGAUUACUCUUGCAAAAGGACCGGCCCUCCCACUCCUGGACGCAGUUCCCCCUUCCCCUCUUCUCCUGUGCAGAAACAACUGCAGCAGAGCUGUCCGUUACUCCGGCCGGCAACAGGCAGGCAGGCAGGCAGGCAGGCGCGCAUCCACAUCCCCAAGCCACAGUCGGGUUCCCGUUCUGGUGCGCGUGCCGCGCCACAGCGUAUAACUGCAUCCAUCCAUUGGCAGCAGGGCAACCGGCCGAGCGAGCGCAAGGAAAGGGACAGCGGUGGGGAGAUAAAAUCCGCCCCGUGUCCAUCUCAUCUUCUCUCCUCCCCAGUGCCAGUGCCAGUGCCAGCCGGAGAAGAAGCAGGGGUGCCAGCAGCGAGCGAGUAGCAGGGCAGGGAUUGUCGAUUCGGCGCGUCCGCUUGUUGUUCGCCGCUCCUCGUCAGAGAAGCAGGGGAAGGGGAAGAAAGAGGGAGGUCGGCGGCAUUUGGAGCAUGACGGGGUGCCGCGGCGGCGGUUAGGCGGACGGGAAGCGCUGAUUACGGAGAGCGGCCCUGUGCUUGGGGGUGGCGGCCGUUCCUUCUCUUCUCUGCUUCGCUUUGCUUCUCCCGACCGGAUUGUUCGUGGAGAUAACAUCUCCCAAGUUGUUUAAAGAACAACUAUGGCUACUAUUCAAGACAUAGUUGUCUCUGCAGCUAUCAACAUACUGAGUGCCAUUGUGUUCCUGCUAGCAUUUGCUUUCCUACGGCUGCAGCCUAUCAAUGACAGGGUCUACUUCCCAAAAUGGUACCUCAAAGGUGCAAGAGAGAGCCCAAGUCAUGGGGGUGCAUUUGUUCGGAAAUUUGUCAAUUUGGACAUGCGAUCGUACUUAAAGUUCUUAAGUUGGAUGCCUGCUGCUCUCAAAAUGCCAGAGGAUGAGUUGAUAAGCCAUGCAGGACUAGAUUCAGCUGUCUAUCUGCGGAUUUACUUAAUUGGGCUUAAAAUAUUUGCUCCAAUUGCGUUGCUAGCAUUUAUUGUUCUUGUCCCCGUUAAUUGGACCAAUGAUACCCUACAACUCAUGAAGGAUGUAGAGCACAGCAAUAUUGAUAAACUUUCAAUAUCCAACAUACCUUCUGGAUCGAAAAGGUUCGCAGCUCACUUGGCUAUGGCUUAUGUUGUCACAUUUUGGACCUGCUAUGUACUGUUACGGGAGUAUGAGAUAGUGUCAAAAAUGAGACUGCGUUUUCUUGCCUCAGAGAAACGCCGACCGGACCAGUUCACGGUCCUUGUGAGGAAUAUACCACCUGACUCAGAUGAAUCAAUGAGUGAACUUGCGGAACAUUUCUUCCUUGUGAAUCAUCCUGAUCACUAUCUAACUCAUCAGGUGGUUUACAAUGCAAAUGAGCUUGCUAAAUUGGUCAAAGAGAAGAAGAAGAUGAAGAAUUGGCUUGACUACUAUCAGCUGAAGUAUGAAAGAAAUACAUCUAAAAGGCCUACUACUAAGACUGGUUUCCUUGGAUGUUUUGGUUCCACUGUGGAUGCCAUUGAAUACUACACAUCGGAAAUUGAAGAGAUAGAAAAGGAAGAAGCAGAAGAGCGUGAAAAGAUUGUGAAGGAUCCCAAAUCAGUUGUGCCAGCAGCGUUUGUUUCCUUCCGAUCACGGUGGGGUGCAGCAGUUUGUGCUCAGACACAACAAACCAGUAACCCAACUGUUUGGUUGACUGAAUGGGCUCCAGAACCUCGUGAUGUGUACUGGGAUAAUCUGUCGAUUCCAUUUGUUUCUCUUACUGUUAGGAGAUUGAUAGUGGCAGUGUCAUUCUUCUUCCUGAACUUCUUUUAUGUGGUCCCAAUAACAUUCGUUCAAUCUCUUGCCAAUAUUGAAGGGAUUGAGAAGGCAGCUCCAUUUCUGAAGCCUCUGAUUGACAUGCGUUUUAUUAAAUCUUUCAUCCAAGGGUUUCUUCCUGGAAUUGCUCUGAAGAUCUUCCUUAUAUUGCUACCAAGCAUAUUAAUGUUUAUGUCUAAGGUUGAAGGAUUGAUAUCAGUGUCUUCACUGGAGAGAAGAUCUGCAUCUAAGUACUUUAUCUUCUUAUUCUUUAAUGUGUUUUUGGGAAGCAUUAUCGCAGGAUCUGCUUUAGAGCAGCUAAAAAGAUAUCUUCAUCAGUCAGCAAAUCAAAUACCAAUUACAAUUGGUGUAGCAAUUCCAAUGAAGGCAACCUUUUUUAUAACAUAUAUAAUGGUUGAUGGUUGGGCUGGGGUAGCUGGUGAAAUAUUAAGAUUGAAGCCAUUGAUAAUCUUCCACCUGAAAAACUUUUUCUUGGUCAAGACUGAGAAAGACAGAGAAGAGGCAAUGAACCCUGGAAGUAUCGGUUUUGACUCGAAUGAACCUCAAAUACAGCUCUACUUUUUACUUGGUCUUGUUUAUGCUGUGGUGACACCAUUCUUGCUCCCAUUCAUAUUGAUAUUCUUUGGGUUUGCAUAUAUGGUAUACCGCCACCAGGUAAUAAAUGUGUACAAUCAAGAAUAUGAGAGUGGGGCUGCAUUUUGGCCAAGUGUUCAUGGACGUAUAAUCACAGCAUUGAUCAUAUCACAGCUGCUUCUCCUUGGAUUACUAAGCACAAAAGGCGCUGGCCAGUCAACACCAGUGCUCCUUGUUCUUCCUGUUGUAACCUUUUAUUUCCACAAAUACUGCAAGAGUCGUUAUGAACCUGCUUUUGUGAAAUAUCCAUUACAGGAGGCAAUGAGGAAGGAUACCCUAGAACGUGCAAGAGAUCCUGGAUUUGAUCUCAAAGGAUAUCUGAUGAAUGCCUACAUCCACCCAGUGUUCAAAGAUGAUGACCAUGAGAAAUUCUCCGUGGCUGAUGAACCAGAGGCUGAGCAAGUUCUCGUCGCAACCAAACGGCAAUCCAGGCGGAAUACCCCAGUCCCCAGUAAAUACAAUGGUUCAGAGUCACCUUCCCUGCCUGAAAUUGUAAAUGAUCAACGGCUGUAGGCUGGUGUCGCAAGUAUGCACUUUCCCAAUGUACAUUAAGUAAAGGGCACCAUAGUGAUUUUGAAUACCUCCUAGUUUACAAUAAGGAGUAAUGGCCAAUAUAGUAUGCAUACACACUUCUUUUGCCUUUUUUUACCCUGUUCUCUUGAAUUAUUGCUUCUGUUAUGAAGUUGUGGUUGGGAUUGCCUGAUCUAA